AGGGCACGAGGCGGGCCAGUGGAGCUGGAUCAUGUGAGAGUCCACGCGCCGAAAGUAGGUUAGACUACAGUAGAGCACAGACGCAGAGAGAGAGAGAGAGAGAAGAGGGCAUCAUUUUAUUGCACAGCUGACAGUGCGCACAUUUACGCAGGAAAAAAGCCUAUGAUGGAGCGGAAUUUACUCUGAAGAACCAGAUGAGAAAAGCAAGUAGGCUGUGCAAGAAGUUACGAGUUUUAGUAGUUAUUUUCUUACAACCGCUCUCUGUUUUGGAGUUUUAAAAAUUUACCUGAGUUUGACUUUCGGCGCAGUUCAAAUGUACUGGAGUUUUAUUAUCGUUCGCAGAUAAUAUAGCAUCAAAAUGAGAGCACAAAUCGAAGUAAUCCCAUGCAAGAUUUGCGGGGACAAGUCAUCGGGCAUCCACUAUGGCGUGAUCACUUGUGAAGGCUGCAAGAAAAAGAACAUCAUACAGCUUUGUAACAGCAUGAGGGGCUUCUUCCGCCGAAGUCAGCAGAACAAUGCGAUGUACUCCUGCUCCAGGCAGAGGAACUGCCUUAUUGACCGAACCAAUCGCAACCGCUGCCAGCACUGCCGCCUGCAGAAAUGUCUGGCACUUGGCAUGAGCCGUGAUGCGGUGAAGUUUGGACGCAUGUCAAAAAAGCAGCGUGACAGCCUUUAUGCCGAGGUUCAGAAGCACCAGCAGUCCCAGGAGCGGACAGGGGGCUUAGGCAAUGGUGUACCCAGCCAUGUUGGUGACGAGGUCGGGGAGAACAGCAGCAGCCAGGGCCGGACCUACAGCCGGGGCUCCAGCACCACACUAAGUGACCUGGAUGACAUAACCACGCUACCAGACGGUCUCUUCUUUGAUCUGCCGCUCACACCGGAGGAAGCUGCUGACUACUGCAGCCUAGAGCUGCUGGGAGGAAGCGGUGGGAGCAGUGAGUCCUCCCAGAGUUCUCCUGAGCAGAACAGACAGGAGUUUAGUGACACAACACGGAUCAAACACGAGUACCAGACCCUGCACGAGACGGGACUUUACACUCGCUCAUUACUUAACCCACCUGAAGGCUGUUCCUUGAUGGAACUCGAACGGAUUACACAGAAUGUGGUAAAAUCCCACAUCGAGACAAGUCAGUAUAGCACAGAAGAACUGAAAAGAUUUGCCUGGACGCUCUACACACCUGAGGAGAUGCGUGUCUUCCAAAACAAGUCCACAGAGGUAAUGUGGCAGCAGUGUGCUGAGUACAUCACGAACGCCAUCCAGUAUGUGGUGGAGUUUGCCAAGCGCAUCUCUGGAUUCCUGGACUUGUGUCAAAAUGACCAGAUUAUCCUUCUCAAAGCAGGCUGCCUGGACGUGCUGUUGAUCCGAAUGUGUCGGGCCUACAACCCCAUCAACAACACACUGUUGUUCGAUGGAAAGUUUGCAAGCCCACAUCUCUUUAAAGCGCUCGGAUGUGAUGAUCUAGUGGGUGCUGUGUUUGAGAUGGCUAAAACCCUGAGUCGGCUACAGCUGUCUGAAGAGGAGAUGGCUCUGUUUACCGCCACUGUGCUUCUGUCUCCAGACAGACCGUGGUUGACAGAUGCUCAGAAGGUGCAGAAACUUCAGGAGAAGGUCUAUGUUGCGUUACAACACUGUCUUCAUAAAAGCGGUGCCCCUGAGGAGAAACUGGCAAAGAUGGUGUCCAAGUUGCCCAUGAUGAAGUCAAUUUGCAACCUCCAUAUUGAUAAGCUGGAGUUUUUCCGUCUCCUUCACCCAGAAACGGCCUACAGCUUCCCUGCUCUCUACAGAGAGGUUUUCUGCAGCGAGAUCUCCUUCCCAGACUCCACCGAGGGCUAACAUUCAUUGAAGUGUCAUAUUGGCUCUGAUGCAAGACAGAGAGAGGAAGAGACAGGGAAUGGAAAUAGGAGGAGGUAGAUGGAUAUGUGUUUGAGAAAAACCAGCAACACACUGACAAUCUUGCACGUUACACUUUAGGACCUCAUCUAUAACCUCCCUCCUGAUGGAGUGAUUCACUCCUCUAUUUGAACAGGACCCACAUUUCUUAUAAGAUGCUGUUUAAUAUCAGCAGUCAUUUAAGGUGCUUGUUACUCAUGCUACCUACAUAUAGUGACUCGAAGAGAGUAAAUGAAGUAUAUUUAAUUAAAAAGAAAAGAGUAUUCGAAGUGCUUGAAAAGUGGAUACUUCCCAUUUUCAGAGUAGACUUAGGAAGAAAACUAUGAAUGUAACUCAACUGACAUGUGGCAAAGCCUCAGGAUUUAGACAGAAUGUAUUAUGUAUUCCUGCUCCAUAUAUAAAACAAGCUUUUAAGGCCUGGUUUCUGUAAACUAACAGUUUUGAAUCCAUGCAAAACUGUUUAAAGGGACCAAUGCAUGUACACCUGAGGUUGUAAACACCAGAUGAGCAGCUUCACUUUAACAGACUGAACACUAAUGCACAGCACACUGCACAGGCCAUACGUGCACAUGGUUGUCAUUUGAGCUCUUUAUUUUUGCAUAUAAAUUUAAAAGAUGCAACUAAACUAAUGAAAACCUCAUCCUUAUUUCCCUUUCCCAUGCAAAUGCCACUUUGUAUAAAGACAUCAGAUGAUAUUUUGAUAACCUCAUUAGAUCCGAAACCACACGUAUGUAGAAAGAUAGAUGUAUUUGAGAGUAUAUUUAUAAACAGAGCCUGUAGAUAGCGUAUGUAGGCAGAGAUAGAAAGUAUGCACCUUAGAUUGAAUGUUCUCAAGCCCUUUCAAAGACUUCCCAACCAUAGGAGAUGAAUUCUGGGCUGGAGUUGGAAUUGGCAUGACAUGCACAUUUUGAAAGCUUUAGAUUUAGAUGCAGGUGGACAGCACUUAAACACUCAACAUAAAAAGGACUUUGCAAGAGCAGGUCUUUGCUGUCUCUUCACAUUAAAUGGCGAAAAGACAAUGCCACUAUAUGAGACUUUCUGAAGCGCAGCAAAACACUCAAGACAGCUCUGGAAGCAAGGCCUUGGGAGAAUGCAAAGAACUUGGAAGGACCUUAUAUUUCUAGAGACAACGGCCAACCUGAGCUCACCGUCAGUCAUGAGGACACCACAGAAAUGUUGUAACUUUUCUGUUUCUACAGCUGUGAGGAUAAGUGGAUUCACAGGCCAUACCUCAUGCUUUGCAUUGUGUCUGAUUCGGGGAUCGGUGUUGUGUUGCUAUGUGAUUAUUUUUUCCCCAUCAUCCAUUUGCCCUUUGUGUUCACUUCUUACACCACUAUUGGUCAACAGAACCAUCAGCUACCCCCCUGAGUUAGGGAAUACUGAUUAGUUUAUGUUCCAAAACUCAAACCAAAGGAGAAAGAUCUACUAUCUGUCCGUUCUUAUGAGGAUUGGUCUCAGAGGAGGUGUAAGAGUGGCCCAGAAACCAGACUGCAAACUAAAGCCCAAAGGAGGGCUUUUCGAAACCCUUUAGUGCCCGGUUCUAGCUUUUUGAGAUUACAGAGAUAAUAAAAUAUGUUUUGAAUGAUUGAUAAGUAUCAACGUCCAGUUUCCUGAUAGAUAAACUUAUCAAGCUCAUCUGAUGUUUUAUUUUUGCACUGCUGGACCAGUGCCUAACUGUAUAUUUUCUUGUAAGAUUUUAUAUGGUUGGUAUAAUACACAUUUUCUGGGUGUUUAACACCGUAUCAUAGUGUCUGCCUGUGCAAUAGUCAGUCUUUCCAUUUUUAGUAUUGACGGCUUUCACAAGCUGAGGGUCUGCUUGGAUUUCAUAAGCACUCCAUCUCAGAUCGUUUAACACCCCCUUUGCUAAGGUCCGGCUACACAUUAUUUUUUUACUCUUGUCUAUUAGCUUAAAUUAAAUUAAUGUGUGAAGGUGGAGAAAGAUUGUGACAAAGUGCAACUACUUUGUAAAAAACUUUUAGAGUUUUAGACUAUGUAUAUUUUGGAGUGUAACUCACAGCCCUAAAAAAAGCCACAAGUGUCCGGCCUGUCCUUGAGGCUAGUUCUGGAAGUGUGCACUCAGUCACUCAGGGAGAUAGCUGGGUUCUCUGUCCUAAAAUGUCUUCUUCAGUUAGCCUUAGCAAGACACCUUGAACCAAAUAGAAGUUUUUAAACCUUGAUCACUGUGUUCUUGUGAAUGUUAAUCACAGAAGUAUGAAAGAAUUUUACCCCUGUCUUAUAUCAGUGCUUUUGGAGGACUUUUUCAGUUAAAAUUGCUUACAAAAAUGAAUAGGAUCAAAACUAAGCUGUGUGUGUAUGUAUAUAUGUGUGUGUGUGUGUGUGUGUGUGUAUAUAUAUAUAUAUAUAUAUAUAUAUAUAUAUAUAUAUAUAUAUAUAUAUAUAUACACACACACACACACACACACACAACAAUGGAUUUAAUCUUUAAAUCUAGUGUUGUUGUUUUUUAUUGGUUUGUGAUAUUUUCUUUCAUCAUUUCUGUGCUUUUAUGUAAAAUUUUCUCACCCACAUAGUGUCGUCCUUUGUCUUGAAGAAUUAAAAUUGUAUUUUUUUUAAACAGCACUUUUUAAGCAGAAUUCCCCUACAUGAGUCCUAAUUCUUUGCCAUGGUCCUUCUGUGGUUGUUUCAGUUGUAACUUUAUUUUUAAGCAAAUAAAUCAUAUUAUAGAUUUAAAGGAAUAUAAUUUAUGGUGUAUUAUGGACACAGAGAAUAAAAGAACCCCAUUUAGAGUUAAUAUUGUACAAUAAGAAUGAUAUACAUGGAUUCCAGAAUGUAAUAAAGGUAUUUUUACUUUAUA